AUGCUCAUUGGAUUGUGCGGAGGCAAGCACCGAAUCUGCGCCGGCAAGUCCUCAAUAGCCGAGUAUCUCGUCGACGAGCACAACUUCACACGCAUCCACCUCGCCCGCACCGCCGCGACUCCUGAGCUCGAAACCUCAGCUUCAAGCACACACGUGCCGUCUCCAGAGCCGAAUCCUCCAGAUAACGACCACAGCCAACAACAACACAUCUUCCCAAAUGUAGACGCCCUCGUCGACUUCGUCACACUCCGAUGGCGAGACCGGUGGGUGACAACGGACAUAUGGGACGACAAAACCGUCGACCUCCUCCUCCGCCGCCCCUUCUUCCUCCUCAUCAGCGUCGACGCCCCCCUAACCCUGCGCUUCCACCGCCUCAAAGCCAAACACACACACCAACACCUCCCCGCCCCAUCCCUCGAAACCUUCGUCACCAGCAACGACACCCACCUCUUCGCACCCGGCACAGGCCGCGGCGCCCUCUUCCAACGCGCCCACCUCAAACUCGUGAAUUCCACCCCGGAUCUGCCAUCCCUUCGCAACGCCCUGCGCGCCCUCGAUCUCACGCACGAGGCUCGGUUGAGACCCAGUUGGGAUCAGUAUUUCAUGCAGCUUGCCGAUUUGGCCGCGCAUCGUAGUAACUGUAUGAAGCGCCGUGUGGGGUGCUGUAUUGUGCGUGAGAAACGCGUGAUUAGCACGGGUUACAAUGGAACCCCCCGCGGCAUGCCAAACUCCAUUCAAGGGGGCUGCCCCCGCUGCAACACCGCCACCCCAGGCCCCCACACCCUCUCCACCUGCCUCUGCCUGCACGCCGAAGAAAACGCGCUCCUAGAAGCCGGGCGCGACCGCAUCGCCGCAAACGCCAUUCUCUACUGCAACACGUGUCCGUGUCUGACGUGCAGUGUGAAGAUUGUGCAGGUGGGUAUCGGCGAGGUCGUUUAUCAUCAUGGGUAUUCGGUGGAUGAGCAGACGGCGCAGGUGCUGGCGCAGGGUGGGGUGCGGUUGAGGCAGUUUACGCCGCCGGCUGGGGGGGUUGUGGAUUUGGCGUUUGUGGGGGAGGGGGGGGUUGGAGGAUAG